CAAAAUAAAACAAAACAAAACAAUAAAAACAAACCAAAUAGAAGAAGAAUAGAUUCAGCAUCGCUUGCAUCUCUACCGCUAGCCUAGCGAGGUGUGGAAGGGAUGUCAGUGGCAGGCAACGCGCAACAGCUUACCGCAGCACACCCCAGGGGCAAUGGAGAGCCAGAGCCCAACCCAACACCUGAACGCACUUAGGAGAAGAGACCCAGAAAGGAGCAAGAGAGCUGCAGCUGGGAGAACUCAAGUCUCUCCCCAGCCAGACAGCCUGCGCCACUGGCCCAGAGGCUGGGCCGGCAGGACACGCCAAGUCUCCUGCACUGGUUACCAGGGCCGCCUUGUUGUGACAACAGAGUGGCCUGGAGUCGGUUGCCGCACGCACACCUGUCUCCAGGCUCGCCCGGUGAGGAGCGUGUCCUCCGGCUUCACAGGUGUAGCUCCUCCAAACAUGGCCACGGACCUCCACGCUUACCCCAAGGGUUUGAACCCGCCUCUCCUGAGCAGCCGCCCAGCACAAAGUCCACACCAGCAGGAUGCCCCAAAUCUUGAGCGACCACUUAGCAGAGCCAAAGGAAAGAGAAGCAGGUCCCAUCGCGCCCCAGUGGAGGACAGACAGAAGGCAGAGCAGCGGAUCUUGCCGGAACAGCCACAGCCGGAAGCCCCGCCAGCGUUGGCUCCCAAGGUCUUCACCCGGUUCCCUACAAGGUCCAAUACCUACCUGAUUAUAGGGUUGCAAAAUGAGCUGACCAAGUGUGGAGCCCUGAAGAACAUGACUGACUAUGAGGAUUUCUGGAAGCUGGCUCAGGAGGAAGUCCUUGGAGUAGAAAUGAAAGAAAAGCUCCAGAGGAUAAGAUUUAAGUUGAUGAAUCCCAGACCCUGGCUGCCAGCUGCUUCUAGGAGGAAAGAAACCAGGAUGUCGGUCAGCGCUGAUCAAGACAGCGGCGCAUGCCAGGGGACACAGAGCCUCCUCUCUCGACUUACGGAGUGGAGGAAACGGUGCCAGCAGCGUGGAGUGGCCCCGGAACUGCCUGGAGGACAGCGGGAGAGCAAGAUUACGGGUAAGACAAAGACGGCCUCCCGGAGCAACGUGUAUCUUAGUCGUUUGUAUCAGAUGUAUUCUACCUCCCUUGCUAACAUGGAAUUCUCCAGAAGACUGCUGGAGAGAGACGGCCGCUUUGCAGAUGUGCGCCCCGAGCACGGGGCUGGAAGCCUGAUGGACUACCUGGUCCCAAGUAGGCAUGAGCAGACAGAUGCCCCACCCAGAGAAACGGAGGUGGAGAACCCCUUGGCCCCUGGCCAGCAGCUUCAAGCAUCCCCUGCCCUCCGAUUCCUCAAGUACCAGAGCGCAGAAAGUCCACGGAGAAGUUCCCAGCUGAAGACAGGAAGACACCAAGUGACCCUGUGUGGCAUAAAAAAAGCCUGCCCUGGUGUUAACACCACUGGAGUUUAUGCACAGAAACAGUCUGAAUGCUGUCCACGAGAGACGAGGAGCAAGCUGUCAGAGCAGGUGAGGGGCAAGCUGGUUCCUGAGGGUCUGACCGCAGACCCCAGGCCCACAGCACCCCUGACCCUGGACCACGUGAUCCAGACCCAUCCUGUGGUGGAGGCUAAGACAGCGCGUCGAUACUGGGUGAACUAUGUGGAUGAAGAAUGAGAUUUUAUGUGGUUACUAGACAGGUUUCUUUUCCUCCGGCUCAACACGAUGACAAGCAGUGAGGUCGCCAUCCAGUGAAGGCGUACUCACCUGCUGGGAGAGACACCUGGCCUGGCAGUUCUGUCAUUCUCUCCUUAUAAAGGCGUCGCCAUCACGCAGAAGCCCAGAACUGUGAAUUCAGAUGCUGGAGAUGAGGUUAAGCACAGGCAGAGCAACAGUCAUGGGGAAGUUUGAGGCUUCCCAAGGACGGUCAACCUGAGAGAGAAGUCGAAGAGCGCCACGCCUCUCCCACGGAAGCGCAGAACCGAUCCCAAGCGAUCUUCCUCGAGCUUCGUGGACGGUGGAGAAAAAUCCAUCCGUGAGCUACCACAUUCCCAGGGCGGGCUCCGCCUUCAUGUCACUUUCGGAG